AUGUUUUAUGCAGGGUUAGACAAGAAUAAAAAUGAAUAUUAAAUGAAGAAUGUUUAAUAAGAACAACAAGGAACACCUGUACAAUCAAAUAGAAAAUCUUCAGCAUCUGAUAAAUCAAAGCCUGCAAGUGCAAAACCUCCAAAAGUAUUAAAAGAUGCUGGUUCUAAGGCUAUUAAUUAUCCAUAAAUUACUCAUGAUAUUUUAGAUUAAUAAACAGCCAAUUUGAUUUUGAAAGAUCUUCCAAUAGGUAAUAAAAUAAUAAUAAAAUUUAAAUAAUAGGUUAACCAUCAUAACAAUUUGAUGCAGUUGAAGCUUUAUUAAAUCAACAUAAAAUAUAAAAUUAGAGUCCCAUCAGAAGUAGUUAAAAGGAUAGUGGAAAUUCAAAGGAUUUAAAUAGUGCUAUGGCAAGAAGAUUAGCAGAUGUUGAAAAAUUAUCAUAAAAUCAAAAAUUAGAAUUGAAAGAGAAAUACUAAAUAAUUGAAUAAUUGAGAGAGAAAGUAUAAGAAUUAACAGAAAUAAAUAGAAAAUUAGGUAGUGGAGAUAAAUAAGCAUAUAUGAAUGAGAUUAAUAAUUUAAAAGAAGAAAAUUAAAAGAAAUAAAAGAAAAUAGAAGAUAUGGAGAAGUUCUUAUAAAAAUAUGGAGUAAAGUGGGUUGGUGAUAAAAUAAGUGAUGAGGAUGAUAAAAAGAUGAAACAAAUGGCUUCAGAUAUGAAAUAAAUGAAACCAUUAUUUAAUUAUCAUUUACCAAAGGAGAUUUCANUACUAUCAAAAAUGUUAUUCAUUAAAAAAAGUGAGUUGAUUAAUUAAAAAUUUAUUCUAUUUUUAAAUUAAUAAUUAUUAAAUAAAAAAAGUAAAAAUAAAUUAUUGACUAAAAAAACAUAUUCAAAUUAAAUAAAAUAUCUAAAAUGA